AUGUCGCAAGCAUCUGAGAGCUCACAGACCGCAGCCGAGUUCAUUAAAGAGCAGCUCAGCCUUGAGGCGGAAGCUCGGGAGGCCCUACCAUAUGUCACCGCCGUAUGCUACUCAUGCUCGAUAUCAUGCCAUGGCGAACAUACGCUCGUCGAAUUGUUCAACAAGCGCAACUUCAUCUGUGACUGCGGAACCACCCGCAUACCAGAGACAGCACCAUGUACACUCCGCUUAAAUUCAACGACUGGCCAGAAGGGUGAUAUGACUGGAGAGGAGCCGGCGCCUACCAACAAGUACAAUCAGAACUUCCGAAAUAGAUUCUGUGGUUGUGGUGAGGACUAUGACCCACAUCAAGAGAAGGGCACUAUGUUCCAGUGUCUCGGACUGGGUACUGUCGAGGAUGGAGGGUGUGGUGAGGACUGGUGGCACCCCGAGUGCCUGGUCGGCUACUCACGCGAGGAGUAUGCGAAGAUGAUCGAAAAGCCGAAAGUAGAGGACAUCAACAGCAAUACGGAGAUGCCUGACGCCGUGAAGGAGGAGACAAAAGACGACAAGCCUGCCCCCGUCGAAGCGGCCAUCGGACAAACAGACGCUACGCAGGCCACCAUCACUGGCACAAUAGACGCUGCAGUAGCAAACGGUACUGGCAUCGAUGGCAACGAUAUAGCAGCAGAAGCUGAGGAGGAAGAUGACGAACCGCCACUACCUCCCGGGUUUCCUGCAGAGGACGACUUCGAUCACUUCAUUUGCUACAAGUGUCUCGAGGCCAACUCAUGGAUCAAGAAAUACGCAGGCUCUCGUGGCUUUCUGCCACCCGUCUAUCUCGACAAGUCACUCAAUGACACACAAGCAGCACAGACAGUAGUGGGAGCUUCAGAGCCCACAAAUGGUGAAUCAAAGAAGCGUAAAGCCUCUGAUGAGCCCGAAGAACCCACCUCGGCAAACCUCGCAGUCCCGGUCCCAGCUAAGCGCCAGAAGUCCGAGGAACCAAGCGGUGCGCUUUCAAGUAUCCCCGAGGAUACCAUGUCCCUCCCCAUAACCCCAAAGAAGCCAGAAGAUCCCUCGAUCUGCAAACACGCCGCCCUGCCCCCUCCCACAGGUCCAGCGCAAACAUCCACAUUCUCGCUCUUCCUUCAGCCUGACUUCCGUGACCAUCUCUGCCGCUGCCCAUCCUGUUUCCCGCAUCUGAAAUCCCACCCCCAACUCCUCGAGGAAGAAGAUACAUACGAGCCGCCCGUCUCCGAAGACGGCGACGAGGGCGCGCAGUCUGUGGGUACAGGCUCGAUCCUCGACCGCGGCGAAGCAGCCUUCAACAACAUGGACCGCGUGCAGGCCAUCCAAGGCGCCAUGGCAUAUGCGCAUCUAAAAGACAAGGUUGCGGCGUUCCUUAAGCCUUUUGCGGAAAGCGGCCAGGCUGUCGGAGCUGAGGAUGUCAAGGCGUAUUUUGAGAAGCUGAGGGGUGAUGCGCAGGGAAUCCAGGAUGCGGCUGGGGGCGCGAAGGCGAGCCGUGAUGGGGAUGGUGGGAAGGAUGGGGAAGGGGAUGGGAGGAAGGGGCAGAGUGGGUAUUGAUGCAUAGUGUAUCUUGGGAAGGAUGGGAUGAAGUUUAGAGUAUGAACGCAGGCGGCAGACUUUAAUGUCAGACUGCGCAAAAAUGUAUAAUGUCUUCGAAC